CCCCGGCGCCCGGGACGCGACGCUCUGACAGUUUAAUCUCACUUUUUGCCUCUCCUGCCAGGCAGAAAAAUGUCCGAGACGGCUCCCGUGGCUCCCGCUGCUCCCGCACCUGCGGAGAAGACCCCCGUGAAGAAGAAGGCGAAGAAGGCCGGCGCCGCGGCGGGCAAGCGCAAGGCGUCCGGGCCCCCGGUGUCCGAGCUCAUCACCAAGGCGGUGGCCGCGUCCAAGGAGCGCAGCGGCGUGUCCCUGGCCGCGCUCAAGAAGGCGCUGGCGGCCGCCGGCUACGACGUGGAGAAGAACAACAGCCGCAUCAAGCUGGGGCUCAAGAGCCUGGUGAGCAAGGGCACCCUGGUGCAGACCAAGGGCACCGGCGCCUCGGGCUCCUUCAAGCUCAACAAGAAGGCGGCCUCCGGCGACGCCAAGCCCAAGGCCAAGAAGGCGGGCGCCUCCAAGGCCAAGAAGCCCGCCGGCGCGGCCAAGAAGCCCAAGAAGGCCUCGGGGUCUGCCACCCCUAAGAAAGCCGCCAAGAAGACGCCAAAGAAGGCCAAGAAGCCGGCGGCUGCAGCCGGUGCCAAGAAAGUGGCCAAGAGCCCGAAGAAAGUGAAGGCCGCCAAGCCCAAGAAGGCGGCCAAGAGCCCGGCCAAGGCCAAAGCGCCCAAGCCCAAGGCCGCCAAACCCAAGGCAGCCAAGCCCAAAGCCACGAAGGCGAAGAAGGCGGCGCCUAAGAGAAAGUAAAGUGGAAGCGGGGUCUCCUGCUUGCAAAAAAUCUCAAAAGGCUCUUUUCAGAGCCACCCACUAAACUCGAGCGAAAGAGCUUAACGCUAACCUAGUUGGAGCUGCUAGCACGUCUACGCAGUGUUGGGUUUGAGAUUGCCGCGGGCUUCCGUGAUUGGCUCGUUGUACGCGCGCGCACUGUUGCUUAGCGAAAAUUUGUGCUUUGUUUCAUUGUCUCCCGAGCAGUGCAGGCGGGAACUGGGUUCUUUUUGCGUUUUUUGCUUUGGCGUCUUGCGGUUCUAAAACAGUCUAGCUACUGGCAGGUCCACAACUUCCAGCCGCUUUCUGCUUGGAACUGCGGGUGGUCAGCUGGCGGUGCGGGAUUUUGUAUAUUUGUUUCGUGCCCCUCAUCCCGAGCCUCCAGGUCGGCCAGUACUUGGGCAAUAACGCCAGGGUAAGGCGCCCUGGGCUUUGCACCCGAUCAGGUUUCGGCGGAGCCAGUGCAGUUGAUUCACAGGGCACUGAGCGGGUUUUGUCUUUGGCGCGAAUCUGGUCAGCCGAUUCUCCACGCCCACACGUUUCCAAAGACAGUGUGGGGAGGCGGGAGUUCGCAACGUGCCCGCAUGUUUCUUUCAAUGUGCUCUCCCAUUGGCUUGCAGCGGCUAGCCAGAGUCGGCCAAUCGGAACUUAACUCUGGUUUUAUUUGCAUAGGAAAAUACCAACGAGAUGUUGGGUUAUUAACUGCCUUUUGUACUUUACUGUCAACACUUAAAACCCAUUGUCUCGCCACCCGAUCCUGGAGUUUGCUUUUCAAGUUUAUCCACGCGAAUGCCAUACUUCCUUACCCUGCGUUAUUAUUAUUAAAAUGCGUCUCGAAGGCACCUUUGUCGGUUUUUGAUGCCCUAUUUCCCAGAUUGCCCACAAAUCAUUGAAAAGACUCAGGAAGCCGGGUUUAGUUGUCUGAUCUCCUUAUAGGGCUAAAAGACAGCCCGGAGGAGAAAGUGAAAGGAAGAAUCUUUGGGAAGGUGGCUUGCUUGUUUGAAUUCGUGGGGAUGGGGCUGCGCUCAGCAAAGUGGACUCUCCGAAGAUGGGCUGGCUGACUUGGAUGCUGCAGUGUUUCCAUUCAUUCUAGAACUGAGGGUUACACUUAUUGUUGUUAUUAUUGUUUGUCUUUGGGCAUCUGGAGAUGCUCAGGGGUUACAGCUCUGCAUUCAGGAAUUACUCCUGGCGUUUCUUGGGACCCUAUGGGAUGCCAGAGAUCAAACUAGGGGUCAGCCACUUGGCAAGGCGAACGCUCUACCCCCGUGUACUAUAUAUAUAUAUAUAUACAUACAUAUAUAUAGUAUAUAUCAUAUAAUAUAUAUGUAUAUAUAUAUAUUUAACCUGUCGCAGUUUUUUUUUUUUGUAUUACUGAACAUUGUUAAGUUUCCCUAAAACAAAGUUUACACUGGAAAGUCAGGAAAUUGUCAUUCCUGAAAUAUUACAACUGAUAAGGCACGUACCUUGCUCCAGGCUAAUUGAGUUAGAUUCCUGGAACAAGGUAAUUUCUAACAUGCCACAAUCCCUCAUCCCUGAGUUCAGAGUUUGGGUUCCCCUAAGCAACCCCCAAUCCCAGUCCUGCCUGGAGAGAUUCCUGAGCAGAUCAGGGCGUGCCCUCUCAUUUCUGCAAGCAAACAAGUGUUGACCUCACUCCAAAUGCAAUUGGUCCUUGGUAUUGACGUGUUACUAACGGACCAUUAUUCAUAUUUAAAAUAAAUGCUUUAAUAAUUGCUUUUUACUGUUAUAUUCUUAUCCUGUGUCUUUUAAAGUAUUUAAAACCAUCCUUUUGAGGGCCAUACAGCAGGCAAGGGCCUUGCCUUAGAUGUGGCUGACCCAGAAGUCCCCAAACAAAAUAAGAAAAAAAAGUACCCUCCCCCCCAAUAAAUCCCCAAACAGGCAAACACCAAUAAAAAUAUCUUUUUGAGUAAGUGUCUGUAGGUGCAUGUAUUGUCUGGGGUGCUUGUGAAUCCCUGAGCCAAUCUUCAGAGGGUCAUUACUAUUUGGAUAGUUUGUUAUUAUUUUUGUUUUGUGGGCCACAUCCAGCAACGUUCAGGGGCUACUCCUGGUGCUGCACUCAGAAAUUACCUACAAAUAGGUUCUAAAAGAAAAUCAAAGAAGAAACAAGGCAGAGAGCAGAAAUGAGCUGCUUCAACUAGUCAGCAACUGGUAGGCCUGAGCGUGGAGUUCAGUGUCGUUUUCAUUAUAUUGUCUGCUCCCUGAUUCUUGACCUACUGUUUCAUUAUUAAAUCAGCCACGAACAGAAUCCAAUCCAACUGUCGCUCUCUGGGUUCUUCAGAUGCCAGGCAAAUAAGCAAAGAGACCAGUUGAUAGAGAUAAAAAAUAAAGACAAAUACUUUGAUGACAGGUGUACCUCAUGUACAAAGACAGCAAAGCUGAGGAACUGAACCACACAAUCCUUGAUGCCAUGUUUUAUUAGUUCAGGCAGGCAUUGGGAAGGAAAAAGUUUGGAUAGACAAGUAAAGCGGUUUAUAUUCAGCACUUCCCAGUAGACCCUGACAUUCUUCCUUUUUCUUAUUUUAUGAGGCGACAGCCAGUGGCACUCAGUGCUCAGGAACCAAAUUAGGCCUUCUGCUUGAGAAACUUACGCUUUGCCAUUGAACUCAGUCUGUCUCCCUGUCCCCUUCCCAAAGACACAUUUAAAAGAGCAUCUUUCUGGUUAAAGAAACUUUGGUAUAUCUACACAAUGGAAUACUAUGCUGCUGUUAGAAAAGAUGAAGUCAUGAACUUUGCAUAUAAGUGAAUCAACAUGGGAAUUGUAUGCUAAGUGAAAUGAGUCAGAAAGAGAGAGACAGCUAUAGAAAGAUUGCACUCAUCUGUGGAAUAUAAAAUAAAAUAACAGAAUAGGAGACUAACAGCCAAGAAUAGUAGAGAUAAGUACCAGGAGGUUGGCUCCAAGGCUUGGAACCUGGCCCCACAUGCUGGAGGAAGGGGCAGCUCACAUAGAGAAGGGAACACCAGGUAAAGUGUGGUUUGAGGACCCGCACGGGACGGGAGAUGCACUCUGAAAAUAGAAUAUAGACCAAACACGAUGGCCAUGUAGUGCCUCUGUUGCAAACCACAACACCCAAAAGGAGAGGGAGAGAAGAAGGGGGA